AGGGUUUAUUGAGACCAAUAAACCUUUUAAAAAACGCUUUUCCGUUUUUUAUAUCCAAAAAACUAAAAAGCGUUCGUGACAGAUGCAAAAUGAAAAACGGGCGACUUUUUAUCAAAAAUAAAAAACCCUUUUCAGUUUUUUUUCGAGUCUAAAAAACUAGCUAAAAAACUGAAGAGAUUUUUAGCUGGUAUUUUAAACUCGACAAAAAACUGAAAAGGGUUUUUUAUUUUUGAUAAAAAAUCGCCCGGUUUUCAUUUUGCAUCUGUCACGAACGCUUUUUAGUUUUUUGGAUAUAAAAAACAGAAAAGCGUUUUUUAAAAGGUUUCUUGGUCUCAAUAAACCCUUUUUGAUAGUUUAUUAAUCUACGACUAUUUUUUACAGUGUAUACUGAUACCGGUGCAUACCCACUUGGCACUCCAAAAGUCAAACAGGCGUUAAGAAGAGUGCAACGUAUCACACGAUUUUUCGAUCAGGAAAUACAUCUUUCCCAAACGGGAAAUAAUUGA